AUGGAUCACUUCAGUGAGAUUUCGGUCUCGACGGAGGCCUCGCUACAGAUUGUGAGGAGCCACUUUGAGCAGAUCGGUGGCCUUCAGUGGGUGAUGUUGUCCAAAGGCAUGUGCGACUUGGAGACCAGGCGCAUUCUGACCGCCAUGUUUAACUCGCUGGUCCAAACGCUGUCCGCCAACAUCUUGGGACUGAUUGUUCCGAGAAGCGAAGUGAACCACAAGUUCCUGAGUGAGAGCGAGUCGACCCGAGCUCACGGAUCUGUCGUCAAUGUGGUGCAGAACACCAUGGGGCAAGUGUUCUCUCAGGCUCUGAAUCUGCCCACGGACUCGUUGGACAAACACCAGGACUCGCAGGAGCUCACCACCCUGAUCAAGCAGGAAGUGUCCACGAAGGUGAACCGUGUCCUUUCUGAGGAGCAGGAGGAGGGCCCUAGGAUGGUGGACUCCUUCAUCAGCAGCGAGAGUGUGGCUCGCAGCAUGAUCGAGAAGGGAAACUCCUGCCUCAAGGGGUGCCUUCGCACCUUGUUCUGCUCCUGCGGCCUCCGUGCUGCCACAAAGAAGUCGGACUCUUUGGAAAAUGGGCCGUGCCGCUGCAGCUUCCUCAGAUUCGCAAAAAAUAAUUUCCGAAGCAUGCAGGAAAACCUGGAGGCAGAACUUCUGGUUGAAGAGUUAGAGCCAGAGACGAGGAGUUUGUCGAGGGGGUCGAGCUGUGGAAGUUACUCAGACCUGGAAAAAACUCUGGGAUAUGCUUUGAGGACUCCAGAGGUUAGUUUUGAGCAGUUGCAACCUGAAGUAGAGGAGUUGUUUCGAAAGCUAGAUCUGUCGACAAGUCCUGAUAAAGAGACCAAUCAAGAAAGACUGCCCCAGGCCUUGGACAGUGAAUCAAUCACUGCCUUUGCUCAGAAACUGACAGACACAAUGUACUGUCACUUUCAGAUCCUAAACAAACUUGCUUGUGCUGCGUCACCGAACGCAGAGACAAGGAGAGAGUUUGAGAACCAAUAUCCCGAGCAGACAUACACACGGAAAACAAGGGCAAAGUGUAAACCCAGACACCAUGACCUGAAGCGGACAUACACGACGGUUAGGAACGAGGUAUCGGAUCACCUUCAAACCUUACAGAAUUACAUCACACAAGACCCAUUGGAGAACUUCUACCGCCAGGAUCUGUUUGAGUUGUGCAUGGAGAAGCCGCCUCUGUCGCCCAACUCCCAGAAAGCCCUGACGUAUAAUGUGUCCGUUCCUUCUCAAGGGUCGGUCCCCGUCCAGAUGGACUUUCAACAACUGCCAGGGCAGUCUUUCAACAGCCAGAAACACGACCUGUUUGAGAGGUCUAUGGUGCACCCCAGAGCCUGUGUGCCAUCACGGAUCUCUAGAGACGUUCCAGCGAUCGUCUUACGCACACCAGAGGUCAGCACCAGGACAAUCUCAGGCAUCUCUGAGAAUUCUUUGAGGAGUCACAAGGACGACCUGUUCGAGAAGUCCCUUUUGCCUCCUAAAGUAGAGGUGCCUUCUUUCAUCCAUGAGUACGGUCCGGCGUGUCUCAUGAAAAUCCCAGAGAGCAUGACAAGAAUCAGUGACAGAGACAUGACUCUAUGCCUGAUAGAGGCUUUGAUGAUUGAGAUGUUCAGGGGAAAGGCUGCUUUGCGUCCGUGGGACAAAAACUACAAAGUGAUCCGCGACCGUUUGACCGAAAAGGCCUGGGAGGAGAUCCAGCUUUCUGAACACCAGGUGAAGAAAACGGAGAAGGGAAUGAGUAAAAUCAUUGUCGCGAUUGUGAAAGACCUGAAAUCUCAGUACGGCACAGCACAGAGAAUGUUGGAAAAUGCUUUGGACGGAAAAGACCGGACUUUUGACGAGACGGUUUUGAAGUCCCUGCAGUACCACCUCGAGCACAACCUGCGGAAGAAGUCUUUUCUGAGCCGCGUGUCCAGAGGUCUCUGGAAGCUCGCCCAAUGCUGCUGCUGCCCCAACAUUGAAGAGUUAACACCCUCAGAACACCCCAAUGCUAGCUACAAGACCCGAUUGGUAGCUACUAAGGGGUUUGGAUGA